CCCGUUCCAUCCAUUCAAAGUGCUCUGCUCCGCUCUGCUCUCUGUCCCGCCCGCCGGCUCAUCCCCGCGCGCAGAGGCAGCGUCGCGGCGAGCACACGACCGUCGACCCCCUCCUCCUCCCCCUAGCCGCUCCCGCGCGCGGCCGGCGGUGUCGUGAUGGCGAGGUCGUCGUCGUCGCCGACGGCGAGGUUGCCGCUGCCGCUGCUUGUGCUGCUGCUGUGCUUGUCGUCGCUUUCGAUGGCGGCGGCGCAGAAGUACAAUGCGGUGUACAGCUUCGGCGACUCGAUCACGGACACAGGGAACCUGUGCACCAACGGGCGGCCCUCGGCGAUCACCUUCACGCAGCCGCCCUACGGGGAGACCUACUUCGGGAGCCCCACCUGCCGCUGCUCCGACGGCCGCGUCAUCGUCGACUUCCUCAGCACCAAGUACGGCCUCCCCUUCCUGCCGCCCUCCAAGUCCACCUCCGCCGACUUCAAGAAGGGCGCCAACAUGGCCAUCACCGGCGCCACCGCCAUGGACGCCCCCUUCUUCCGCUCCCUCGGCCUCUCCGACAAGAUCUGGAACAACGGGCCCAUCAGCUUCCAGCUCCAGUGGUUCCAGACCAUCACCUCCUCCGUCUGCGGCAGCAGCUGCAAGAGCUACCUGGCGAACUCGCUCUUCAUCUUCGGGGAGUUCGGGGGGAACGACUACAACGCGAUGCUGUUCGGCAACUACAACACGGACCAGGCGAGCACGUACGCGCCGCAGAUCGUGGACACCAUCGGCGCCGGCGUGGAGAAGCUGGUCGCGAUGGGGGCGGUGGACGUGGUGGUGCCCGGGGUGCUCCCCAUCGGCUGCUUCCCCAUCUACCUCACCAUCUACGGCACCUCCAGCGCCGCCGACUACGACGCCCUCGGCUGCCUCAAGAAGUUCAACGACCUCUCCACGUACCACAACAGCCUGCUGCAGGCCAAGGUCACGAGCCUCCAGGCCAAGUACAAGUCGGCGCGCAUCAUGUACGCCGACUUCUACGCCGGCGUCUACGACAUGGUCCGGAGCCCCAGCAAAUACGGGUUCAGCUCGGUGUUCGAGGCGUGCUGCGGGUCGGGGGGAGGCAAGUACAACUACGCCAACAGCGCGCGGUGCGGCAUGUCGGGCGCCUCCGCCUGCGCCAGCCCGGCGUCGCACCUCAGCUGGGACGGCAUCCACCUCACCGAGGCCGCGUACAAGCAGAUCACCGACGGAUGGCUCAACGGCGCCUUCUGCCACCCCGGCAUCUCCCACUAGCCAGCCACUCCCGCUGGCCGAUCAACCAGCUCAUGCAUCUCGUCCAUGGAUCCAUCAUUAAUCAAUCAAUCAAUCAAUUAUUAUUAUUAUUAUUUGUUCAGUCGGGUUAAUUAUUAUAAGGAAACGUUUCUGGGGACUGGCUAAGGCUGGGUUCCCGGUCUGAUCUGGGCGCGUGUGUGCUGAUGAAGAAAGGGGAAAGAAUGACGGCAACUGUCGUGGAAUAGUACCGCAUGUGUUGCUAUGAACCUGUAAUAAUCUGAUAAUUGUUUUGUUCCAUGGGGAAAAAGAGUGGUACAAUUGGAUGAAAACGAAAGAAAGAAGAAACAAACACGAUAAUAAU